AUGUCGUGUCUAUCGCCAGAUGCCACAACCACGAUAACGUCCCGACCAAAACUGACCCUACAAACCACCUCCCUCCCUCGCACAUUCGGCAGUUCAAACACCGGCCUCUCCUUCUCCUUUGCAACGGCUCCAACUGCAUCCCCAACCAUACGCAACACCUUUAAGAACGCCUACGAAGUCACCUCCCCAUCCUCCGCAACCACCUCGCCCUCCAAAGCCGCCCGGUUCAACUCUAAACCCAGCUCUCCCUAUCUCCUCCACCCAACCAACAACCUCUUCAACCACCGCAACCCUUACCAACUCCCAAUCGGCGUGCGCAGCAUCCUCCGCAACUCUCCCCUCGACCACUCAACCCGACGACGUUCAGGCUCCAUUUCUGCGGGCGGUAAUGGACCGAAUGGCGCAGGAUCACGCCGCGUCUUCUUCCCAGCCAAAAAGCAAGUCAGCUACCGAUGUCCACUGGAAGAAGAGAUCAGGACAGAACGCUACACGGCACAACACAUCGAUCUACUGAGUCCCGAGGCUGUGCAAUACGAGAAUGACCCCCAAACCCCACCCGAGCCGAGCUGCGCCCACCCCAAAACCGAAGAAGAAACAGAGGACUCGGAUUCCAGCCCCUCCUCAUUACCAGAGACCAGUGCGUCAGGCGACGAUACUAGUGCUGAUGAAGGCAUCUGUGGUCCCGCGCUCUCCAAGAUGGAACGCAAGAAGCGGCGGUCGAUGGGUAUUGAGCGCCAGGUUCGGGCGGUGGCUUUGCUCGAUGGGGUUGAGGCUGAUGGAUCCUCCACGCCGCAGACCCCACGCGACCAUCGUGUCAAGCGUCGCAGGGAGUGGAGGUGGACUUUGGGGCCCAUUGAUAAUGCCUCGGACAAUGCGCCUGACGGUGUCUCGUUAUUGACACUGGCGAAUUCCUCGUCGGAGUCGCUGUCUCUGAUAUCCACAUCUGAACCCGGUCACUGA